CUGCCUUUGCAUCAUCAGACUUUUUGGUAACACAUGUCAGAAACGUCAAGAAGCGAAAUGCUGAUAAUGACUUGGUUGUCAAUGGAAUAGAAAUCUAUAGCAUGAAAAUUGAUAGUAAAGUAACUUCCCGAUUUGCCCACAAUGUCAUCAGCAGUCGAGCUGUCAACCGUGGAAAUGUGCACAAAGAAGUCGUCUUUGAUGUUGAACUCCCUAAGACAGCCUUCAUCACCAACUUCAGCAUGACAAUUGAUGGUGUCACUUAUCCUGGAACUGUAAAGGAAAAAGAAGUUGCAAAAAAGCAAUAUGAGAAAGCUGUUUCAAAGGGGCAGACUGCUGGUCUUGUCAAAGCUUCCGGAAGAAAAACAGAAAAAUUCACUGUCUCAGUUAACAUCAAAGCAGCCAGUAAAGUCAGUUUUGAACUCACAUACGAGGAGCUGCUGAAGCGACAGUUUGGAAAAUAUGAGAUGUUCAUCAAAGUAAAACCAAAGCAGCUUGUCAAAGAUUUUGAGAUUGAAGUAAAUAUAUUUGAGCCCCAGGGUAUCACUGAUCUGGAAGUGGAAGGAACAUUCAUCACCAAUGAUCUGCAAGAUACCAUUAAAAAAACUUUAUCCGAGAAAAAGGGGCAUAUCUCUUUCAAGCCAUCUCUUGAUCAGCAGCGAACCUGUGCAAAUUGUUCACAGUCUGUCUUGGAUGGGGAUUUUUUUGUAAAAUAUGAUGUGAAGAGAACAACUCCAGAUAAUUUGCAGAUUGUCAAUGGCUACUUUGUACACUUUUUUGCACCAACAGAUCUUCCAAAGUUGUCCAAGAAUGUUGUUUUUGUAAUAGAUAUUAGUGGCUCAAUGUCUGGAAGAGAAAUAGCACAGACAAGAGAAGCCCUUCUGAAAAUCUUAGAUGACAUUGAAGAAAAUGACUUCUUCAAUUUCAUACUGUUUGGUAGUGAAGUACACAGCUGGAAAGAAGCAUUGAUCAAGGCCACUCCUGAGAAUUUGGACGAAGCACGGAAGUUUGUUCGGGGCAUUGAUACUGCAGGCAUGACAAAUUUACAUGGUGGUAUAAUGAGGGGUAUUGAUAUGCUGAAUGCUGCUUAUGAAGGAAACGUUGUGCCCAAGAGAAGCGCUUCUAUAAUUAUCAUGUUAACAGAUGGCCAACCCAACGUAGGUAUAUCAAAUACUCAGGAUAUUCAGAUGCAUGUGAAAAAAGCCAUUGAAGGAAAAUAUCCCUUAUACAAUCUUGGUUUUGGCUAUGGGGUUGAUUACAGCUUCUUGGAGAAGAUGGCACUGGAGAACAAAGGAUUGGCCCGUCGUAUUUAUCCUGACUCUGAUGCAGCUUUACAGCUUCAGGGUUUUUAUGAUGAAGUGUCAAAUCCCAUGCUCACAGAUGUUGAGUUAAGCUACCCGGAAAAUGAAAUAUCAGACCUAACUAAAAACCAUUUUAAGCAUUUCUACGAUGGGUCUGAGAUAGUGGUGGCUGGGCGCUUUGUAGACCACAAUCAAAACAGUUUGACUGUAGAUGUGAGAGGUGAAGGC